AUGAAUUGCCUGGCACUUUCUUUGGGCUUCGGCUUCUUGUUUCCCACCCCUAAAACAUGGCUCUUUACUUAUUUUGCUUCCAUAUCGUGGGCUGACUCGCAGGGCCUUUUCCCAAGGCUGGAGAACGUGGCAGCUUUCAAGAAGGUUUCGGUGGUGCCAACCCAAGCGACGUGUGGACUCCCAGCCCGAAGCACCUUCUGUCAGAGCUCUGCCGCAGCUGAAGGCCUUCGGGUCUGUCCCCAGCGGUUCUGCAUUCAGGAUUGUCCUUACCGAUCGUCACCCCCCACCUACACUGACCUCUUCUCAGCGGGCCUCAGCGGCUGCAUCACCGUAGACCGGCGUGAUCUGAGUCCCGAUGCCCACGGCCCUUCUGCAAGUUUCAUUUUUGGAAAUCACCAGAGUUGCUUUGCCUCUCCUCCUGCUGCCAGGUUGGCGGCGUCAUUUACUCUAGCUGUGUGGUUGAAACCCGAGCAAGAAGGUGUAAUGUGUGUUAUAGAGAAGACAGCGGAUGGGCAGAUUGUGUUCAAACUUACAAUAUCUGAGAAAGAGACCAUGUUUUAUUACCGCACAGUAAAUGGUUUGCAGCCUCCAAUGAAAGUAAUGACACUGGGGAGAAUUCUUGUGAAGAAAUGGAUUCAUCUUAGUGUGCAGGUACAUCAGACAAAAAUCAGUUUCUUCGUCAAUGGUUUGGAAGAGGAUAAUACAGCUUUUGAUUCAAGAACUCUAAGUGGUUCAAUUACAGAUUUUGCCCCUGGUACUAUGCAAAUAGGACAGAGCUUAAAUGGUUUAGAGCAGUUUGUUGGAAGAAUGCAAGAUUUUCGAUUAUACCAAGUGGCACUUACAAACAGAGAGAUUCAGGAAGUUUUCUCUGGAGAUCUGCCCAGAUUGCAUACCCAGUCACAUUGCCGUUGCCCUGGCAGCCACCCUCGGGUUCCUCGUUUGGAACAGCGAUUCUGUGUUCCUAAUGAUGCAGAAGACACAACCAAUAAUAGGGUGUUACGGCUGAAUCCUGAAGCCCAUCCUCUUUCUUUUGUCAAUGAUAACAAUAUUGGUACUUCGUGGCUUUCCCGUGUGUUUACAAACAUGACCCAGCUUAAUCAAGGAGUGACUAUUUCAAUAGAUUUGGAAAAUGGACAGUAUCAGGUGUUUUACAUCAUCAUUCAGUUCUCUAGUCCACAACCAACAGCAAUAAGGAUUCAAAGGAAGAAAGACAACAGCCUAGACUGGGAGGAUUGGCAGUAUUUUGCUAGAAAUUGCAGCACUUUCGGAAUGAAAAACAACGGAGAAUUGGAAAAUUCUGAUUCUGUCAACUGUCUUCAGCUUCCCAAUUUUACUCCAUAUUCCCGUGGUAAUGUCACCUUUAGCAUCCUAACACCUGGACCAAAUCAUCGUCCUGGAUACAAUAAUUUCUAUAAUACCCCAGCUCUUCAAGAGUUUGUAAAAGCCACACAAGUACGACUUCAUUUCCAUGGACAGUACCAUACAACUGAGACUUCUGUCAGCCCCAGACACAGAUACUACGGGGUCAAUGAAAUCACCAUCACUGGAAGGUGUCAGUGCCGUGGUCAUGCUGAUAACUGUGACACGAAAAGCCAGCCCUAUAGAUGCCUCUGCUCUCGGGAAAGUUUCACUGAAGGACUUCAUUGUGAUCACUGCCUGCCUCUUUAUAAUGACAAGCCUUUUCGCCAAAGUGAUCAAGUUCAUGCCUUCAAUUGUAAACCCUGUGAAUGCAACAGCCAUUCCAGAAGCUGCCACUACAACAUCUCAGUGGAUCCCUUUCCAUUUGAACACCACAGAGGAGGUGGAGGAGUUUGUGAUGACUGUGAGCAUAACACUACAGGGAGGAACUGUGAGCUGUGUAAGGAUUACUUUUUCCGACAAGUUGGUGCAGAUCCUUCAGCCAUAGAUGUUUGCAAACCCUGUGACUGUGAUAAAGUUGGCACUAAAAACAAUAGCUUCUUGUGUGAUCAGAUGGGAGGCCAGUGUAAUUGUAAGAGACAUGUGUCUGGCAGACAGUGCAAUCAGUGCCAGAACGGAUUCUACAACCUACAAGAGUGGGAUCCUGAUGGCUGCAUUCCGUGCAGCUGUAAUGCCUCUGGGACAGUGGAUGGAGAUAUUACCUGUCACCCAAAUUCAGGCCAGUGCAAGUGCAAAGCAAAUGUUAUUGGGCUUAGAUGUGAUCACUGCGAUUUUGGAUUUAAAUUUCUCCAAAGUGUUAAUGACGAUGGCUGUGAGCCCUGCCAGUGUAACCUCCACGGCUCAGUGAACAAACUCUGCAAUCCUCUUUCUGGGCAGUGUGAGUGCAAACAAGAAGUCAAAGGACUUCAGUGUGAUACCUGCAGAGAACACUUUUAUGGACUGGACACCACCGGUUGUAAGGCCUGUGACUGCAACGUAGCUGGCUCCCGGUCUGGGACCGUCUGUGAUGCUCGGACAGGACAGUGCAUCUGUAAUCCCAAUGUUGGAGGGAGACGAUGCAGUGAAUGUUUGGAGGGAUACUUCUACCUACAGCGAAACAACUCCUUCCUCUGUCUGCCUUGUAACUGUGAUAGGACUGGGACAGUAAAUGGCUCUCUGCUGUGUGACAAAUCAACAGGACAGUGUCUCUGCAAAUUAGGAGUAACAGGUCUUCGCUGUGAUCAGUGUGAGCCUCACAGGUAUCAUCUGACCGUUGGCAAUUCUCAAGGCUGCCAGAUGUGUGAGUGUGACCCCUGGGGGACGUUACCUGGGACCAUUUGUGACCCAAUCAGUGGCCAGUGCCUAUGUUUGCCGCGUCGUCGAGGAAGAAGGUGUAAUCAGUGUCAACCAGGUUUUUAUAUUUCUCCAGGCAAUGCCACUGGCUGCCUGCCAUGUUCAUGCCACAAGACUGGUGCAGUUAAUCACAUCUGUAAUAGCUGGACUGGUCAGUGUGUUUGCCAAGAUGAUUCCAUUGCCGGGCAAAGUUGUGACCAUUGUAAAGACCUUUACUUUGGAUUUGAUCCUCUAGCUGGAAGAUGUCAGCCAUGCAGUUGUCAUCUCUCAGGAGCCUUGAAUGAAACCUGUCACUCAGUCACUGGCCAGUGUUUCUGUAAACGAUUUGUCACUGGCUCAAAGUGUGAUACUUGUGUUCCCAGUGCAAGCCACUUGGAUAUCAACAAUCCAUUGGGCUGCAGCAAAACUCCAUCCCAGCAACCUCCACCCAGAGGAAAAGUUCAAAAUUCUUCUGCUAUCAGUGUUUCCUGGAGUCCACCUGAUUCUCCAAAUGCCCACUGGCUCACUUACAGCUUAUUCAGGGAUGGUUUUGAAAUCUACACAAUUGAAGAUCAGUACCCAUACAGUAUUCAGUACUUCUUAGACACUGCGCUGUCACCAUAUACCUCCUAUUCCUAUUACCUCGAGACCAGCAGCUUGAGUGGUUCAACAAGGAGUGCAGCUGUCAUGUACAGGACAAAACCAGGGGCCCCAGAGGGAAGCCUGAACUUAAGUUAUAUCAGUCCUAUUAGCUCAGACUCUGUGACACUUACCUGGGCUGUACCUUCAAAUCGUUCUGGUCCUAUCGAGAAAUACAUUUUGUCCUGUGCUCCUCUAGAUGGCAUCCAGCCCUGUGUUCCCUAUGAAGGUCCUGAAACCACCGCUACCAUCUGGAAUCUGGUUCCAUUCACCAAAUACCGUUUUGCUGUACAGGCGUGUACUAGCGGGGGCUGUUUACACAGCACCCCUCUGACAGUGACCACAGCCCAGGCACCUCCCCGAAGGCUGGGUCCACCCGAGGUGCGGAAGAUCAGUUCCACAGAGCUUCACGUAGAAUGGGCUCCACCGAGGGAACCAAAUGGCAUAAUUAUAAGAUAUGAACUAUACAUGGAAAGACUGAGAUCUAAUGGAGGAACCAGGUCAGCAGAAAGUCGAGUUUUUCAGAGCAGUGGCUGGCUCAGUCCUUACCCACUUGCAGAAUCAGCCAGUGAAAAUGCAUUAGAACCUCCCGAACCAACCACAAUCGUCACUGGCUUGGAGCCGUACACCAAGUACAAGUUUAGAGUCUUAGCUGUGAACAUGGCUGGGAGUGUGUCUUCUGCCUGGACCACAGGAAGAACGGGAGAAUCAGCGCCUGUAUUCAUGACCCCUCCUUCAGUCUCCGCCCUCUCACCAUACUCGCUCAAUGUGUCCUGGGAGAUGCCAGCAGAUAAUGUGACAAGAGGAAAAGUUGUGGGGUAUAACGUCAGUAUGGUUUCUGAACAAUCACCUCAACAAUCUAGUCCGGUGGUGUUUUCACAGAUGUUGUACACUGCUAAAUCCCAAGAACUGUCUUAUAUUGUAAAAGGACUACAACCUUAUAGGAUAUACAACUUUACUAUUUCUCUCUGCAAUUCAGUUGAUUGUAUAACCAGUGCUUCGGGAGGAGGACGGACUUUAGCAGCAGCACCAGCCCAACUGAGGCCACCUCUGGUUGAAGGAAUCAACAGUACAACCAUCCAUCUGAGGUGGCAGGCACCUGAAGAACAGAAUGGACCCUCUCCUACAUAUCAGCUGGAAAGGAGACAGGCAGCUCUACCAGCUCCAAGGGCCACAAUGAUGAAAGGAACUCGUUUCACAGGAAAUGGAUAUUAUAAAUUUCCCAGCUCCACUCACCCAUUCAAUACAGACUUUACCGGUAAGUCUUCUUCUGGUAAACAUGCAAACCUCUUUUUGUCCCCUUUUAUUACAGGCAUAUUGACAGGCUUGCUACCCUUCAAAAACUAUGCAGUAACCCUAGCUGCUUGCACUUUGGCUGGCUGUACCGAGAGCUCGCAUGCACUGAACGUCUCUACUCCACAAGAAGCACCACAAGAGGUUCAGCCACCAGUAGCCAAAUCCCUUCCCAAUUCUUUGUUACUCUCCUGGAAUCCACCCAAAAAGGCAAAUGGUAUUAUAACUCAGUACUCCUUAUAUAUGGAUGGGAUACUAAUCUAUUCAGGCAAUGGAGAGAACUACACAGUCACAGAUUUAGUGGCCUUUACGCCCCACCAGUUUCUACUCAGUGCUUGCACAUGUGUGGGAUGUACAAACAGUUCCGUGGUCAUACUGUACACGGCACAACUGCCACCAGACCAUGUGGAUCCCCCAAUUCUGACCGUCCUGGAUUCUAGAACUAUAUCCGUACAGUGGAAACAACCAAGAAAAGUAAACGGAAUUCUAGAGCGCUAUAUACUAUAUAUUUCAAAUCACACGCAUGAUUUUACAAUUUGGGAUGUCAUCUAUAAUAGUACAGAACUUUUUCAGGAUCAUGUGCUGCAGUACCUUUUUCCUGGUAAUAAAUACUUCAUCAAGCUGGGCGCUUGCACCGGGGGUGGAUGCACAGUGAGUGAGGCCAGCCAGGCCCUGACUGAGGAGAGGGCCCCCGAAGGCAUGCCAGCCCCCAGAGUGCACCCGGAUUCACCUCACUCCUUUAACAUCUCCUGGACUGAGCCUGAAUAUCCAAAUGGUGUUAUCACAAGUUACGGACUAUAUCUAGAUGGUAUAUUAAUUCACAAUUCCUCAGAACUCAGCUGUCAUGCUUCUGGAUUUGCUCCUUGGAGCUUACAUUCCUUCAGAGUCCAAGCCUGCACGGCCAAAGGUUGUGCUCUGGGCCCACUGGUGGAAAAUCGAACUCUAGAAGCUCCUCCUGAAGGAACAGUAAAUGUGUCUGUCAAAACAGAAGGAUCCCAAAAGGCCCAUGUGAGAUGGGAAGCACCUUUUCACCCUAAUGGACAAUUAACGUACUCAGUCCUUUUUACUGGCGCUUUCUAUGCUGACCAAGCAGACGACAACUACACUCUUCUGAAUGGCACACAAGUCAUGUACAGUAGUGAAGAGACCAGCCUUUCGGUGCUCAUCGAUGGGUUGGUUCCUUUUACUAACUAUACAGUACAAGUGAAUGUUUCAAAUAGCCAAGGCAGCUUGAUAAGUGAUCCCGUAAUGAUUUCAAUGCCGCCAGGGGCUCCAGAUGGCGUGCUGCCUCCGAGGCUUUCAUCUGCCACUCCAACCAGUCUUCAGGUUGUCUGGUCUACACCAGCUCGGAACAACGCCCCCGGCUCUCCCAGAUACCAACUCCAGAUGAGGCCCGGCAACUCCACCCACUGGUUUCUAGAGUUGUUUUCCGGUCCUUCUGCAUCGUUAAGCUAUGAAGUGAGAGAUCUCCAACCGUACACAGAGUACGAAUUUCGGUUGGUGGUCUCCAAUGGAUUUGGCAGUGCACAUAGUUCUUGGAUUCUGUUCAUCACCGCAGAGGACAAACCUGGACCUAUAGACCCUCCGAUUCUUCGGGAUGUGAAGUCAAGAAUGAUGUUGGUCACCUGGCAGCAUCCUUUAAAGCGCAAUGGGAUCAUUACCCAUUAUAACAUUCACCAACAUGGCCGUCUCUGCUUAAAAACUUCUGGAAAUGUCACUAAUGGCACAGUGGUCCAUUUGCGCCCAUAUACAGCCUACACAUUUCAAGUAGAAGCUUGUACUUCAAAAGGGUGUUCCCUGUCACCAGAGUCUCAGACUGUAUGGACACUCCCAGAUGCACCAGAAGGUAUCCCGAGACCAGAGUUGUUCUCCGAUACCCCAACGUCCGUGAUUAUAUCUUGGCAACCCCCCACCCAUCCCAACGGCUUGGUGGAGAACUUCACAAUCGAGAGAAGAGUGGAAGGGAAGGAAGAAGCUACUACCCUGGUGACUCUCCCGAGAGGUCAUCCCAUGAGGUUUAUCGACAAGACUUCUGCUCUUAGCCCAUGGACAAAAUAUGAGUAUCGGGUCCUGGUGAGCACUCUUGGAGGAGGUACAAACAGCAGCGCUUGGGCAGAAGUGACCACGAGACCCUCACGACCUGCUGGGGUGCAGCCCCCCGUGGUGGAUGUGCUAGGACCCGACGCAGCCAAGGUCACUUGGAGAGCCCCACUUAUCCUGAAUGGAGACAUCCUUACCUACGAGAUCCGCAUGCCUGACCCUCACAUCACGAUCACCAACGUUACUUCCUCUGUGUUCAGUCACGUCGUUACUCAUCUGACUCCUUUCACUAAUUAUUCUGUCACCAUUGUGGCUUGCUCAGGGGGUAAUGGGCAUCUAGGGGGGUGCACAGAGAGUUUCCCUACCCAUGUGACCACGCAUCCCACCCUGCCUCAGGGUCUUAGCCCGUUGUCCGUGGUUCCACUAAGUGAAUCGUAUGUUGGCAUCUCUUGGCAGCCACCAACCAGGCCAAACGGACCCAAUUUGAGAUAUGAGCUUCUGAGGUGUAAAAUCCAGCAACCACUUGCAUCAAAUCCCCCAGAAGAUUUAAAUCUGUGGCACAAUAUUUAUUCAGGAACUCAGUGGUUUUAUGAAGAUAAGGGUCUUAGCAGGUUUACAACGUAUGCGUAUAAGGUCUUUGUACACAACAGUGUGGGUUUUACACCAAGUCAAGAAGCAACUGUGACCACGUUAGCCGGGCUUCCGGAGAGAGGAGCUAACCUCACUGCGAUUGUUCUCAACCACACGGCCAUAGACGUGAGAUGGGCUAAACCAACUUUUCAAGACCUACAAGGUGAUGUUGAAUAUUAUACACUUUUUUGGAGUUCUGCUACCGCCAAUGAAUCUCGAAAACUCCUCCCAGAUGUAAACUCUCAUGUCAUUGGCCACUUAAAUCCAAACACAGAGUAUCGGAUUUUUAUCUCUGUUUUCAACGGAGUCGCCAGCAUUAACAGUGAAGUGCUGCAUGCAACCACUUGCGACGGCGAGCCUCAGGGCAUGCUUCCUCCAGAGGUUGUCAUCAUCAACAGUACAGCUGUACGUGUCAUCUGGACAGCUCCUUCAAACCCAAAUGGUGUUGUCACUGAAUAUUCUGUCUAUGUAAAUAAUCAGCUCUACAAGACUGGAAUAAAUGUGCCUGGGUCUUUCAUUCUGAGAGACCUGUCUCCCUUAAUGAUCUAUGACAUUCAGGUUGAAGUCUGCACAAAAUAUGCCUGUGUGAAAAGCAAUGGAACCCAAAUCACCACCAUGGAAGAUAGUCCAAGUGAUAUACCAGCUCCCACAAUUCAUGGCAUCACUUCAAGAUCCCUUCAGAUUGAUUGGAUGUCUCCAGGGAAGCCAAAUGGCAUCAUUCUGGGUUAUGAUCUCUUACGGAAAACAUGGCGUUCAUGCCUUAAAACCCAGAAGUCAGUGAAGGACCACAGUCAUGAACUCUGCAGAGCAGUGAAGUGUCAAAAACCUGAAACUAUCUGUGGACCCAGGUGCUACUCCCCUGAGGCUAAGGUGUGUUGUAAUGGAGUUCUCUACGACACCCAGCCUGGACACCGCUGUUGUGAAGAGAAGUACAUCGCAUUUGUUUUGAACUCAACUGGAGUUUGUUGUGGUGGCCGAAUACGAGAGGGACAACCGAAUCAUCAGUGCUGCUCAGGGUAUUACGUUAGGAUUCUACCAGGUGAAGUAUGCUGUCCAGAUGAACAGCACAAUCGGGUUUCCACUGGCCUCGGCGACUCCUGCUGUGGCAGACUGCCAUACUCCACCUCCGGAAACCAGAUUUGCUGUGCUGGGAGGCUCCAUGAUGGCCAUGACCAGCAGUGCUGUGGUGGACAGAUUGUGAGCAAAGAUUUCGAGUGCUGUGGGGGAGAGGAACAGGGUGUGGUGUACAGUCGCCUUCCAGGGAUGUUCUGCUGUGGGCAGGAUUAUAUGAAUAUGUCAGAUACCACAUGCUGCUCUGCUUCCAGUGGAGAAUCUAAAGCACAUGUUAAAAAGAAUGACCCACUGCCAGUAAAAUGCUGUGAGACUGAACUUAUUCCAAAGAGCCAGAAAUGCUGUAAUGGAGUUGGAUAUAAUCCUUUGAAAUAUGUUUGCUCUGACAAGAUUUCAACUGGAAUGAUGAUGAAGGAAACCAAAGUCUGCGGGACCGUCUGCCCGGUGUCUAUGGAAGCCACAGCACACUGCGGCAGGUGUGACUUCAACUUUACCAGUCACGUUUGUACUGUGAUAAGAGGAUCUCACAAUUCCAUCGGGAAGGAAUCAGUCGAAGAAAUGUGCUCAUCUGCUGAAGAGCCUGUUCAUAUGGGAAGUGUAAACACACUCUCCUUCACAGAUGUGAACCUGGAGCCCUACAUGACAUACGAGUAUAGGAUUUCUGCGUGGAAUAGCUAUGGGCGAGGAUUCAGCAAGGCUGUUAGGGCCACAACAAAAGAAGAUGUGCCUGAGGGAGUGAGCGCCCCCAGGUGGACCAAAAUGGAUCAUCUUGAUGAUGUAAUAGUCCUCAACUGGAAGAAGCCUAUACAAUCAAAUGGUCCUAUUAUUUACUACAUUCUUCUCCGAGAUGGAAUUGAACGUUUUCGAGGAACAUCGUUGAGCUUCUCUGAUACGAAAGGAAUUCAACCUUUUAUGGAAUAUUCAUACCAGCUGAAAGCUUGCACGGUUGCUGGCUGUGCCACCAGCAGCAAGGUCGUUGCAGCUACAACCCAAGGAGUUCCGCAGAGCAUCCCUCCGCCAAGAAUCGUGGCCCCCAGUGCGGAGACUCUGCAUGUGAGCUGGGAUGUCCCUCCUAAGCCAAACGGCGUCAUUAAAGAGUACCAGCUCAGGCAGGUUGGGAAAGGUCUCAUCUACACUGACACCGCUGACAGGAGGCAGCAUACGGUCACAGGUCUGCAGCCAUACACCAACUACAGCUUCACACUUAGAGCUUGUACAUCUGCUGGAUGCACUUCAAGUGAGCCUUUUCUAGGUCAGACUCUGCAGGCAGCCCCUCAAGGAGUUUGGGUGACACCUCGACACAUUAUCAUCAAUUCUACAACAGUGGAAUUAUAUUGGAGUCUGCCAGAAAAGCCCAAUGGCCUCAUUUCUCAAUAUCAAUUGAGUCGUAAUGGAAGCUUGGUUUUCCUGGGGGGCAGUGAGGAGCAGAACUUCACUGAUAAAAACCUGGAGCCCAACAGCAGGUACAUUUAUAAGCUGGAAGCCACUACUGAAGGUGGCAGCAGUCCCAGCAAUGAGUACAUCAUACAGACACCUAUAUUAACACCAGAAGAAAUCCCGCCUCCGUAUAACACCACAGUAAUUGGACCUGAUUCCAUAUAUGUAGCUUGGACCCCACCAGGGAUCCUCACCCCCAAAAUACCUGUGGAGUACAAUGUCUUACUCAACGCUGGAAGUGUAGCACCUCUGAUCUUCUCUGCUGGUCAUCAUCAGGCCAUCCUUCUGGAAAAUUUGACUCCAUCCACACAGUAUGAGACAAGGAUACAAGCAUGUCAAAAUGGAGGUUGUGGAGUUAGCAGUAGGAUAUUUGUCAAAACAGCUGAAGGAGCCCCCAUGGAUCUAAAUUCUCCUGUUCUUAAGGCACUGGGAUCAGCUUGCAUAAUGGUUAAAUGGACGCCACCUAAAAAACCAAAUGGAGUCAUCAUCAACUACUUUAUUCACAGACGUCCUGCUGGCCUUGAAGAGGAAUCCCUUUUGUUUGUCUGGUCAGAAGGAGCCCUUGAAUUUAUUGACAAUGCAGAUACUUUGAGGCCUUUCACGCUCUAUGAAUAUCGGGUCAGAGCCCAUAACUCCAGGGGCACUGUGGAGAGUCUGUGGUCAUCAGCACGGACUCUAGAAGCCCCACCUCAAGAUUUGCCAGCGCCCUGGGCUCAAGCCACUGGUGCUCAUUCAGUUCUACUGAACUGGACGAAGCCAGAAUCUCCCAAUGGCAUUAUCUCCCAGUACCGUGUGGUCUACCAAGAGAGAACCGAUGACCCGACGUUGAACUUCUCUGUUGUGCACGCUUUCACCGUGACGGGGACGAGCCAUCAAGCCCACCUGUUCGGCUUAGAACCCUUCACCACAUAUCACAUUAGUGUUGUGGCCACAAACCAGGUGGGAGAAGUUUCAAGCCCCUGGACUCUAGUUCGAACCCUAGAAUCUUCCCCCAGUGGGCUGAGCUACUUUACGGUGGAGCAGAAGGAGAACGGCCGGGCAUUGCUACUGCGGUGGUCAGAGCCUGUAAGAACCAAUGGUGUGAUUAAGACGUACAAUGUCUUCAGUGAUGGUGUCUUGGAGUACGCCGGCCUGAAUCGUCAAUUUCUCUUCCGACGCCUGGACCCCUUCACGCUCUACACGCUGACGCUGGAGGCCUGCACCAGGGUGGGCUGUGCACACUCGGCACCCCAGCCUCUGUGGACAGAAGAAGCCGCACCCCAGUCUCAGCUGGCUCCCACCAUCCAGUCUGUGGGGUCCACCAGCGUUGAGCUGAGCUGGUCAGAGCCCGUUAACCCAAACGGAAAGAUAAUUCGCUAUGAAGUGAUUCGCAGAUGCUUCGAGGGAAAAGCUUGGGGGAAUCAGACAAUCCAGGACGAUGAGAAAAUUGUUUUCACAGAAUAUGAUACUGAAAGGAAUACAUUUAUGUAUAAUGACACAGGUCUGCGGCCAUGGAUGCAGUGUGAAUAUAAAAUCCACACUUGGAAUUCAGCAGGCCACACCUGCAGCUCUUGGAGUGUGGUAAGGACCAGGCAAGCACUUCCAGAAGGCCUCUCUCCACCUGAGAUAGCCCAGGUAUCUGUGAAUCCCCCCAAACUGAUGAUUUCCUGGAUCCCACCAGCACAGCCUAACGGCAUUAUCCAGUCCUAUAGGCUUCAAAGGAACGGGGUGCUCUAUCCUUUCAGCUUCGAUGCUGAGACUUUCAAUUAUACUGACGAAGCGCUGCUUCCUUUUUCCACGUACAGGUAUGUAGUCACAGCCUGCACCAGUGAGGGCUGUUCCACUAGCACACCUACCAGCAUCACAACCCUUGAGGCUGCCCCUGCAGGGGUCAGCCCUCCAGCUCUUUGGACCAUCAGUGCCACUCAAAUAAAUGCAUCUUGGUCACCGCCAUCAAUUCAAAAUGGAGAGAUCACUCAGUAUUUACUCAGAUUGGAUGGUAAGGAGUACCUUGCUGGGCAGAACCUGUCCCUGUUGGUUUCCCACCUGCAGCCUUCCACGCAGUAUAAUCUCUCCCUAGUGGCCUGCACCAAUGGAGGUUGCACAGCUAGUGUGGCAGAGUCUGCCUGGACGAUGGAGGCCCCGCCACAAAACAUGGACCCUCCAAAACUACAAGUCACGGGCUCAGAAUCCAUAGAAAUCACCUGGAAACCGCCAGGAACCCCAAAUGGCCAGAUCAGAAGCUAUGAACUUAGGAGGGACGGAACCAUUGUCUAUACCGGCCUGGAAACUCGCUAUCAUGAUUUUAGUCUCGCCCCAGGUGUGGAGUAUGGCUACACAGUGAUGGCCAACAACAGCCAAGGGGGUGUUUUGAGUCCACUUGUCAAAGAUCGAACCAGCCCCUCAGCGCCUUCAGGGAUGGAGCCUCCAAAAUUGCUGGCCAAGGGCCCUCAGGACAUCUUAGUGAGCUGGGACCCUCCAGUAAGGACAAACGGUCAUAUCGUCAACUACACCCUCUUCAUCCGUGAGCUGUUUGAAAGAGAAACAAAAAUCGUACACGUAAACACAACUCAUAAUUCUUUUGGUACACGGUCAUUCAUAGUAAACCAGCUGAAGCCAUUUCACAGGUAUGAAGUUCGAAUUCAAGCCUGCACCAGGCUGGGAUGUGCAUCAGGUGACUGGACAUCCAUACAGACCCCUGAGGUUGCACCUCAGAUGCAACCGCCUCCACAUCUAGAGGUCCAGACGGCUCCAGGGGGAUUCCAGCCCAUGGUUUCCCUUCUGUGGACAGGACCACUCCAGCCAAAUGGACAGGUUUUAUAUUAUGAAUUGUACAGAAGACAAAUAGCAACUGAGCCUGGAAAAUCAAACCCAGUGCUAACCUAUAAUGGAAGCUCAAGCUCUUUUAUGGACAUGGAACUACUGCCUUUCACAGAGUAUGAAUACCAGGUCUGGGCCGUGAAUUCAGCAGGAAAAGCCUCCAGUAGCUGGACGCGGUGUAGAACUGGGCCCGCCCCCCCGGAAGGUCUCAGGGCCCCCAAGUUCCAUGCGGUCUCUGCCACCCAAGCAGUGGUCAACAUCAGCGCCCCGCAGAAGCCCAACGGGAUUGUCAGUCUCUACAGAUUGUUCUCCAACGAUACCAGCGGGGCCCAAACGGUGCUGGCUGAAGGCCUGGCCACCCAGCAGACGCUUCAUGGCCUGCAGCCCUUCACGACCUACUCCAUUGGGGUGGAGGCCUGUACUUGCUUCAAUUGUUGCAGCCAAGGGCCAACAGCAGAGCUGAGAACUCCUUCUGCUCCGCCAUCAGGACUGUCCUGUCCCCAGAUCCAGACACUGGCCUCGAGGACAGCCUCCUUCCAGUGGAGUCCCCCACUGUUCCCCAACGGCGUCAUUCAAAGCUAUGAGCUCCAGCUCUACAUGGCCUGCCCCCCGGAUUCAGCCACCCCCUGUACUCCCAGCCAAACCGAGACAAAGUACGCUGGGCCAGCGCUGAGAGCCAGCCUCGGGGGUCUCCAGCCCUACACCACCUACAAGCUGAGGGUGGUGGCCCACAAUGAUUUGGGCAGCACGGCCUCUGACUGGAUCAGCUUCAUCACCCAAAAAGAAUUGCCCCAGUACCGUGCCCCUUUCUCGGUGGACAGCAAUCUAUCCGUGGUAUGUGUGGACUGGAGUGGCUCCUUCCUGCUGAACGGGCGGCUGAAGGAGUUCGUCUUGACCGAUGGAGGGCAGCGCGUGUACAGCGGCCUCGACACCACCCUCUACAUCCCAAAGACCGCGGACAGAACUUUCUUUUUCCAGGUCAUCUGCACUACAGAUGAAGGAAGUGUUAAGACACCUUUGAUUCAAUAUGAUACCAGCACUGGAUUUGGCCUGGUGCUGACAACUCCUGGAGAAAAGAAAGGAUCAGGGAACAAAAGCACGGAGUUCUACAGCGAGUUAUGGUUCAUAGUGUUAAUGGCAAUUCUGGGCUUGAUCUUGUUGGCCAUUUUUCUGUCCCUGAUACUACAGAGAAAAAUCCUCAAAGAACCAUAUAUAAGAGAGAGGCCUCCUUUAGUGCCUCUUCCAAAGCGGAUGUCUCCAUUGAAUGUAUACCCACCAGGGGAAACCCAUAUGGGCUUAGCUGCUACCAAAAUCCCCCGGUCUGGGACACCUGUGAGUAUUAGGAGCAACCGGAGCCUGUCUGUACUGCGCAUCCCAAGUCAGAGCCAAGUCAGCCAGGCCUAUUCCCAAGGCGCUCUCCACCGCAGUGUCAGUCAGCUCAUAGACAUUCAAGACAAGAAGGUCUUGAUUGACGACUCGCUGUGGGAAACCAUCAUGGGCCAUGAUAGCGGACUGUAUGUGGAUGAAGAGGACCUGAUGAAUGCCAUCAAGGGUUUCAGCUCUAUGACUAAGGAACACACCACAUUCACCGACACCCAUCUGUAAAGGAUGGAAACCUGUAAGAUAUAAAGCUGGAUGAGGGCUCCACACCCCAUCCCCACUGGGUUAUCACACAUCAUAAAUGCUAAAAAGCCAUUGCUUG